ACGGACUCUGUUCCCGUCGAAGGGCAGGAUGUUGGCCAGCCUGUUCUUGGCCUGGUUGAUCUGGCGACAAAGAAACGGGAAAAUGUCGGCAAAUCUGUCAACGGAUACGAGCAAAUUUCGGUCCUUUUUCGACAGUUUACAGCCAAAUAAAAUGGCACGAAUUCUCUCAUUUUCGCCAAUUUCUCGGCAUAUUGCACUUGGGCACAUGAGAAAAAGAAUGCGAUACAAUUUCUAUUUUUUCAUAUCGGUUAUAAGGCUUGUUUAA